AUGAGCGGCGCCUGGGCGUCUCUUACUCCCGAGCGAGCAACUCUCUGGAGGGCUCGAGGCAAUAACAUGGAAAGGGUUUUUUCUGCUUAUUCUUCUCCCCUACUCAUGGUUACUAGUACUGGGGACUACUUAUCUGACCGAGCAGAGGUCCGCUGGCUUUCACGAGAUCUUCCCGGCCAUGCUCAGACGGCGGUUCGGCUAGGGCAUAGGGGAGAUAACCACGCUCAAGGCAUGGGCGAGGACGCGCCCAACGCUUCCGGUCGUAAGAUCAGACUGCGCCUUUGCAUGCAGGCCGCCUUCCAAGCCUACUGCUGCGAUUCUGUCCUCGCAUCGUUCCAAUCUCGGGCACUGUCAGACAAAAUACAGUACUCAUUUUGCCUAGGAACUACGAGAUCAGGACCAAAGCAACUGUUCCUGGCGCUCAUGUACAUCUUGGGCACGAUGGAGUCAAACUUCAAUCAUAGUGCUUUCCGCGACAAGCUCACGCAGCAGGCGUUCAACCCUGCGCAGAGGGCAAUGCUAAACAUUCGGCUCUUGCUCCUGGACUCUUGUCUCGUGGGCGGCAAUGCUAAUAAUCGCGUAUCCACUCGUUUCUGCAAGGGACAGCUCACAAUAGUCGACUUAUCCUCGCCAUUCAUGAACAGCACAUCUGCGUGUGGAUUCUUUGGCCUGAUUUUGGACCUAUUCAUCGAAACAGACCUCGAUGUGACUGGGAAGCUGGUGGUGCUUGACGAGGCACAUAAGGUCGGUUCUACUAUUACCCUGGAUUAUAUGAUCCGCUGCCCAUCCUCGCGCUCACUAUCUUUCGCAGUAUCCAUCUGCCUCUCACACAGGCACUUCAUCCUGCCUGACAGACUCUCUUCUGUCUGUCAUCCGCCAGCAGCGCCACCUGGCGACACGCGUCGUCAUUUCGACUCAGUGGUCCCGAGCAAGUUCUUCGAUCUAUGCUCAUUGAUCAUUGCUCAUCGAUUCUCAUCCCAUAGAUGGCUGUGCCUGCUUGCGAAUCACGUCUCCGCCGCCGAAGACGCAUUUGAUGAGCUCCUCGCAAAGAUAGUGUCGUUGCGCACAGGCCAGGCCAUCAUGUUCGCGCCGAACUGCCUUGGCGUGCGCGAGGGAACGGCUGUUGCGCACACUGACAACGACUCAGUAAGGGACCCUGGAAGCACGACACGCCCGAAGCGCGUGCUGGGUUGGGGAAUGACCCCGGAAGGGACGGCGGACGGACCCACUGAUGAGGUACCAAAAGUGGCAGAAUGUCUGAGCUCGGAUGCCGGUGCUACUAGUCGCUCGAUGUCAGCCCCUGCGAGCAACAUGGCGACUGCUUCUGUUCCUCCUAUCAGACCGCCCUCAGCCACUACGUACACAAAUAUCAUAGAUCUUCGUCUUGCGAAGCGGCAUUUUAUCCCCUAG